GCUUGCGUGCAUUGUAUCUCAACAAUUAAUUAGCAUUGGUAUACAGUUCAUACACACUAUUCCAAUUUCCAAAUUUGAAUUCACACUAGCCUAUAACUAUUCUAGCUGUACAUAGAUACAUAUCUUAUGUUACCUUAUAUAUAUAUCCAUAUCCAUCCACACCGUAUUCUUGACUAGUUUUCAGUGCAUAGAGACACCAGCACUUCUUGUUUUCUCUAUUCUUUUACGGAUGGGAAUCGACGGAGGAGCACGCCGGAGAGGAUGCGCGCCACGGAGGGAAGAUUUCUUCCCGGAGGAGUCGUUUAGAAGCUUCGGGAGCUACAGCAAGGCGUUCAAGGAGACGCCGUGGAGGUUGAAGGAUCGGGUUCUGACCCGAUCCAAUGACAAUACGGAGCUUGUGGAAGUGAAGGCUCGGAGCAGCCACGAGAUGAAGAAGACGCUCAAUUGGUGGGACCUAAUCUGGUUCGGGAUCGGCGCCGUCAUCGGCUCCGGAAUUUUCGUUCUCACUGGUCUUGAAGCCCGUGACGACGCUGGACCCGCCGUUGUGCUGUCUUACGUCGUCUCCGGCAUCUCUGCCUUGCUCUCUGUUUUCUGUUACACCGAGUUCGCCGUCGAAAUACCCGUCGCAGGUGGAUCAUUUGCCUACUUAAGAGUAGAGCUAGGAGACUUUGUGGCCUUUAUAGGAGCCGGAAACAUCCUCCUUGAGUAUGUAAUAGGCGGCGCCGCCGUAGCGCGGUCAUGGACAUCAUAUUUUGCCACCCUGUGUAACAAAAAACCUGAUGACUUCCGUAUAAUAGUCCACAAAAUGAACCCUGAUUAUGGCCAUCUUGACCCUAUAGCGGUUGGAAUCCUCAUAAUCAUCACCAUCCUUGCAGUGUACAGCACCAAAGGCUCUUCCAUCUUCAACUACAUCGCCUCACUCUUCCACAUGGUCGUCAUUGUCUUCAUCAUAAUCGCCGGCCUCAUCAAUGCCAAAACUGAAAACUACACUGACUUUGUUCCUUAUGGUGUCCGUGGUGUGUUCAAAGCUUCAGCAGUUCUUUUCUUUGCAUAUGUAGGAUUUGAUGCAGUGUCAACCAUGGCUGAAGAAACUAAGAACCCUGCCAAGGACAUUCCCAUUGGCCUUGUAGGCUCAAUGGUGCUUACCACAACACUUUAUUGCUUAUUAGCAGUUACACUAUGCCUUAUGCAACCUUACAAGACCAUUGACCCAGAUGCACCGUUUUCGGUUGCUUUUUCUGCUGUUGGAUGGGAUUGGGCUAAGUAUAUUGUUGCAUUGGGUGCAUUGAAGGGAAUGACGACAGUGUUAUUGGUAAGUGCAGUUGGUCAAGCUCGUUACCUUACUCACAUUGCACGUACCCACAUGAUGCCUCCUUGGUUUGCUCAUGUUCAUGAGAAAACAGGGACACCAGUGAAUGCCACAGUAACAAUGCUUGCAGCUACAGCUAUUAUUGCUUUCUUCACAAACCUUGGAAUCCUCGCCAACCUUCUAUCAAUUUCUACCCUCUUUAUAUUCAUGCUUGUGGCACUAGGGAUUCUUGUGAGGAGAUACUAUUCAAGUGGGGUUACCACAAAACAGAACCAGAUCAAGCUCAUCGUGUGUCUUGUUAUCAUUCUUGGUUCUUCAUGUGGAAUUGCAGCUUACUGGGCCAGCAGUGAUGGUUGGAUCGGGUAUGUCAUAGCUGGACCAUUGUGGCUUAUAGGGACCGGAGGACUUUGGCUUGGUGUUCCACAGGCAAAGCAGCCAAAACUCUGGGGAGUGCCUUUGGUUCCAUGGCUACCUUCUCUGUCCAUUGCCAUUAACAUAUUCCUUCUUGGCUCUAUUGAUAAGCAAUCGUUUAUAAGGUUUUUGGCUUGGACAGGGUUUCUCUUGGUAUACUAUGUUUUUGUGGGGUUGCAUGCUUCUUAUGACACUGCAAAACAAUUUGAAACCCAAAAGGGAACCAAGGAGGCUGAGGCACAUUGGAACAAGGUUGAAGAGGGAGUGGAUGGAAAAGUGUCUCAUACACCAUCCACUUCCUAGUUGAAUGAUUCUCAAUGUGUUUAUGAAUUUGUAAGCUAAAUUCUCUGUAUAUGUCGCAUAAAGAUUAGGUAGUCAUCUUCUACUGCGCUCUGGCUUAAACCAUAGCUUUUCCCUCUCAAUAAAGGGGAAAUAACUUCACCAUGUGUAGUACCUUUUUAUAUUAAUUAUGUUUGGAUUUUAUAAA